UCAAUUCAAACAACCCCUUCUUCACUUUCAUUCAAAACCAAAGUCCCACACCGAAAAAAACCAUAAAAUUUUAGCUCUCCACGUGUAUUUGAAUCAAAGUCUUUUCUAAUGGUAGGUGUUGAAUUUGGUUAACCAGUCUUGGAGGUAAUGCUAAUAGUAAUUGCUAAGUGCUUACAACAAUGUUUUUCACUUUCUUAGACAAUUUUCUUUUCUCCAACACCAUGUUCUUGCUGUUGUUGCUUGUGAAACCGUAUUAUUAAUCAGUUUAUUUAUCUGUUUUUCCCUGUUAUGUCUUAAUUUGCAUAGGUAGAUGUAUAGAACUGAUUGUUACUCCUUGGUGAUUUGAGGGUCUUGCGUUUUGAAAGUUGCAAAAAUUUGGGUCCGAGUUGAAGUUUUGAAUUUUGAUUUGAUUUAGAUUUUUUGCUUGAAUAAAUGGUUUUGGGUGGAGUGGAUUAGUGGACUUUGAAUUAGGUCAGAGAUUCUUUUUCUGGGUUUGGAGGAAGUUUUCUGCAUUUUUGGGUAACUUGGUAUGGUAGGAAAGGUGUAUAUGUUGCUGCAUCCAUGAACUCAGCAUCAGGGAGUGGGGCAGCUGCACAAUAACAUCAACAGGAAAUAACAAGGUUUAACUUUUGGAUACAUGUGACUGCCCUCGUUUUCAAACUAAGGAGUUUUUGGGUCUGCAAUGAGGAAUUGUGACGUACAUGGUUUAUCUGCUAUUAUUGAAAGUGUUGGGAUACAAGUCCCAAGCAGAACUUUAUCAAGACAGCUGCUUUUAGCUGAGGCCAUCAUCAUAGGAUGGACUUGAAUCAGUUUUCAAGUUUCAACGUGAUUAGUUCAGCAGGAUUCCCUUGCGCAUCAUCUUGUACUCCUAUUUCACCAAUAUCCAACCGGUUGCUUGGAUCCUUGAAACUUGAUAUAGGAAACUCACCUAAUUCGGCCCUUUCUACUCAUUUUGAUUCUGAUACUGUUUCUUCUGCAUUAAGUGACAGCCAGGAGCAGCACAACUGCGGGGAAAUUCACUCUGGUGUCAACUCCUGUAACUCUUUGCAGGAAAGCAAUCAUUAUUUGCAUAGGCCGGUCUCAUCUGUAGACCAUCUCGAAGACGGAUUGCAUCUAUCUACUAGGAGCUUUUUUCCACAGGAUGCAAGUUAUGACCAUGAAACCAGACAUGCAUUGCUGGAAUUAGAAACUUCUUUGAUGGCACCUGAUGAAGAAGAUCAAGUCACCACAUCAAGCACUUCUUUGGGUGAUAGCAGUAGGCCAACAGCAUCUGACCAAAGAAAUAGGUCUUGGAGCCAUGAGGGCCAAUCAAGUGAUGUUGCAUAUGUAGAGAAGCGUCACAAAUCAAUGGAGGAAGCGUUGCUACAGGGAUUCCCAUCAAGCAAUUUGAAACAAUUGCUGAUUGUAUGCGCCAAAGCCUUGUCUGAAAACAACAUGAAAGGUUUUGAUCAGUUAAUAGAGAAGGCUAGAAGUGCUGUGUCUAUAACUGGGGAGCCAAUCCAGCGCCUGGGUGCUUAUUUGGUAGAAGGGCUUGUUGCAAGGAAGGAGGCAUCAGGAAAUAACAUCUACCAUGCCCUAAGAUGCAGAGAGCCUGAGGGAAAAGACUUACUCUCUUACAUGCAGCUACUGUAUGAAAUCUGUCCCUACUUAAAAUUUGGUUACAUGGCUGCCAACGGCGCUAUUGCUGAAGCAUGUAGGAAUGAGGACCUAAUUCAUAUCAUAGACUUUCAGAUUGGUCAGGGAACUCAAUGGAUGACACUUCUUCAAGCACUUGCAGCAAGACCUGGUGGAGCUCCCCAUGUGCGGAUCACAGGGAUUGACGAUCAACUUUCUAAAUAUGUUCGGGGAGAUGGAUUGGAAGCCGUUGGGAAAAGGUUGGCUGCAAUCUCUCAGACAUUUAACAUCCCAGUUGAGUUCCAUGGCGUGCCUGUUUUAGCUCCAGAUGUGACAAAAGACAUGCUUGAUGUUAGGCCUGGUGAGGCUUUGGCUGUGAACUUCCCUUUGCAACUCCAUCAUACAGCUGAUGAAAGUGUUGAUAUGAGUAAUCCAAGGGAUGGACUUUUGAGAUUGGUGAAAUCACUUUCUCCCAAGGUAACUACUUUGGUAGAGCAAGAAUCGAACACAAAUACCACUCCCUUCUUCAACAGGUUUAUAGAAACCUUGGAUUACUACUUGGCAAUGUUCGAGUCCAUUGAUGUGUCUCUUCCGAGAAAGAGCAAGGAGCGGGUUAAUGUGGAGCAACAUUGUUUGGCUCGGGAUAUUGUCAACAUUAUAGCUUGCGAAGGGAAAGAAAGGGUAGAGAGACAUGAGCUGUUAGGAAAGUGGAAGUCGAGAUUAACAAUGGCUGGCUUUUGUCAAUAUCCUUUGAGUUCUUAUGUGAAUUCUGUCAUAAGAAGCCUGCUGAGGUGCUAUUCAGAACAUUAUAAUCUUGUGGAGAAGGAUGGGGCCAUGCUUCUGGGAUGGAAGGACAGAAAUUUGAUUUCAGCUUCAGCUUGGCAUUGAUUACAUGCAGACAGGAAAUAAUGUAGUGGUACAAAUAUGUUGCUGACUGAGGUUUAUAUUGAUUUCCAGGGCCAUGUGUUAGUCAUAAUUGUUUUAAAGAUCACUGUUUCAUAAAUUAGUCUAUGGAGUAUCAUGUCAUAGUGAUGCAGAAUUACAGAUUACUGUAUACCAAUUCUUUUAUGAGUUGUUUAAGUAUGUGCAGUGUUUUGAUCUACAUAUAUUGUACUUGUACCUGAAACUUAUCCUUUGUCUCCAAUACAAAAUUAAAUGAAUUCACAAUAAGAUUGCUGACAGUUUGCUA